UCCCUCUCUUCUCCUUGAUACUCUCUUCUCCCUAGGUUCUAAUUACAUUGCUCUUUCCUGGUUCCUCUCCUAUCUAUCUGACUGUUCCUUCUCUACCUCUUUUGCUAAAUAUUCAUUCCUAUAACACCUGAAAAAAUCAGGGGUUCCCCAAAGCUCAAUCUUAGGCUGAUAUAUUUAUCUUCCAAGAAGCUCUGAGUCAUUCUAGGGCUUGAUGCAAGCAGCACAGUGUCAUCUACAAAUAGGAGCACUUGGAAAUUUCUCAUCCAAAGAGAAACCUUCAUUCUAGAUUCUUCUCUGGACAACCUCUGUCACAGUAGCAAACACCUUUGCUGCCUCCUGGAGUGUAAAGCAUGCCGACCAGGGUGGGAUUGCUUAUGGUUCUUCACCUCAUCACCUGCUCUCACUGCUCCCUACUCUACCCAACACUCAGGUACAAUCCACUGCCUGUUUCAGGAAAGGAGAUGAGCUUUCAGCUUUUCCGAAGGGGCAGCCCCGCACAGAACCAUAAUCUCUCCAUGGAAGAAGAGGAGGAGGGCAUCCUGAGGGACUCUGCAGAGAAAAGGACACAACGCCAUGCAGAUGCCAUCUUUACCAAUAGCUACAGGAAAGUCUUAGGCCAGAUUUCAGCUCGGAAAUUCUUACAGACUAUUAUGGGCAAGCGACUGGGGCAGGGCAAUCGAGGGGAAGAGGAUCAUGAAGUGCUAUCUAGACGUCAGCUAGACAGCAUCUUGAUGGACAGCUGCUACCACAAACAGAUGGUGCUACAGGACUUCUUGACAGCCAUGUUACGGAAACAAAGGCCUAAGAGGUUCCCCAGAAAACUAAAAAAUUCACCAGGGAUUCUCACUAGGCUCAUAAACCUGUGAAGCUGGAGACAGUCAAGAAAACCACUGGUGUGCUCAUCAGGAAUUCCCAGAGAUGAAGAGCCCAUUUGUAUGACACUAGACCUGCGGCAAAGAAGAUAUGAUAUUGGAUGCAUUUCUUCACCUUUUUUUUGGAAAUUGUAAAAUUCAUCCAUAUUGUCAACACUAGAAUUUUCUCAGAGGCCAUGUCUUGGUAUAAGUUAUAAAGAGUGUGAGUGAAACUGCAUGCAAUUGGUAUAUAAUUUACAUAUGACAAGGCCAAGUAGGUGGCACAGUAUGAAUUCAAACACUGAUGCCUUGAAAUUUUUCAUUUCAACAUUCCUCUCUGGUCCCAUUUUUCAUCAUCACUGACCUGAAUUCCUGACUCUAGGGAUUCCAAUGUGCAAAUCACUUCCUUAGGGGGAAACCACCUACCCCACACCCAUCCCAGCUACUACAGAAAGCACUUCAAUAGGAUCCAUGAAAAGUAUGAAGAAAAUGAAAAUGAAAUGAGAUCUGAUUUUUAAUUAAAAUUGCAGAGUGAAUCGGAGCCAGAAACAAAAAAUGUAGAUGUUAGAAUUUCAUAAUGCAUUUCAAAGUUACAAGAGAUCUUAGAAACCAUCUAUGCCAAAUCCAAUUUUAAAAAUAGUGGUAUUUUCUGUUUUUCCAUCACAGGAAUUUUCAGAAAUACCUCACAAUCACUUCCUUGAAAUAAAGAAAAAUAGCUAAAUAAAACCUCCUGAUACAAUUACUGUGUCUGAUGGCAAAGACAACAUUCUUUGUUCAUGGUCCUCACGUCUAUGCCAGAAACAAAACAAAACGGGACAAGCCAAACAAGUCCUUAUUUCACACACAGAAAAUUGAGGAGACAGUCACUUGUCUGAGGACACUACAAAAUCUGGGAAUACAAGUCAGGCUUUUCUAGCCUCCAAACCUGUGCUCUUUCCACUCUGCCUUGUGGCCUUUCUCUUUCCUACAUAUUUCAUUGCUAUGACUAGGCAGGUGUAAGGAGCCCUUCUCUCAUACAUAAGUUAGGCUCAAAAUGAUUCAAGUUAUUCUGAAGCUAAGAAAUAACCUUAAGAUAACAUAAUAAAUCCAUCCCAGCUCACUUGCAAAAGCUCUGUUGUUAACUGCAUGGUUCAACCAUUCAUCUGAACCAUGCCCCCACAAAAUGCUGUAAGACUAAAUGUUUUGACCCCUAUUUAUUUAUUUUUUUGUUUGUUUAUUUAUAAUUCAACCUUUCCCACCAGUUUUACAAUCAAUACCAAGUAUUGGUUCCAAGGUAGAAGAGCAGUAGGCAAUGAGGGGUAAGUAAUUUGCCCAGAGUCUCACAGCUGGGAAGUGUCUGAGGCCAGGUUUGAACCUAGGACCUCCCUUUAGGCUUGGUUCGCUAUCCACUGAGCCAUCUAGCUGGUCCACUCCUACUUAUUCUUUAUGACACAAAAAUGGAAAUUUCUCAGCACAGAACUACAACUAGCUGAGACAUCUCUUUUGCCUAGGUCUAAAAGAAUGAAGAUUGGUGGGAAACUAUGAAAAUCUGCCAAAGUAAAGCAGCUGCUAGCUGAUAGACUACAUUGUUCAUUGUUUUUAACAUUUAUAGCAUCAUAACACAUAUCUCUUUGGAGAUUCCUUUGGAAAAGUUUUUUAAAAAUUAAAAAAAUCCCAUUAAAUAAGCAUUUGUUUUUGCCCUGUCUUCUCCCCACCAAAAAAAGACACAUACAAAGAAAAAAUAUUUUAAUGGGGAGGCAGUUUUGAGGCAGCAAAGCUGCCAUAAUAGGAAAAAAAAAUCAGUUUAAGCAAUCAGUAGACUUGGGAACUAGGCUUUGCCAAUAAACUAUGGGAACUUAAGUAGGCCACUGACUGCCUCUCUUUAAGUCUUAGUUUCCUCUUCUAUAAAAUGAUCAAAUUAGGCCUAAGUGGUUUUGAAAGUUCCUUCUACCUAUAAGGUUCCUCAUCAUAAGACCCAGUUUAUUCCAUACAGGAUGUUCAUUUAGUCUGGUAAUCAGACAUGGUUAGGAAAAGUCCUCUCUGCCCAUCAUGGAAAAAGCAUCUCCAAAAAUCUCAUGCCCUUUUGCUCUCUAUCACAUCCUGCACAAGUGAAGCCAAUUGACUCUACCCAGACUCCUAUAAUCCUGUUUCUCUUCUUCUAAUUAUGCCUUUGAGCUAAAUUGUAAAUAAUAGAGGUGUUUUGUGUUCCUAUUUUUGCGACCAAGGAGGAUGUUGGAUGUUCUAAAUAAAUCCAUCAAACAG